AUGAGGUGUGAUGAUACUUCUGACCGCCAGAGGUCACCAAAAGCCAAUCUUCCUCUGGACCGUAGACGACCCAAGCGGAGGCUGACAGGCACUGGGCACAAAACAUGGCGACGAGUAUCCGAAACAAACACGAUUAACCUACCAAGGAUGACCGCUGAAACACGCCGACGUUAUGGCUUUGAACUGAUCAAAUCCACCACAUCCACGAUUAAGACCUGUGGAGUGCGAUGCAGCCGUGAGAGAAAAAGGACUUCAGCUAAAGUGAACUGGAGCAUGAAGAAGCCAGUGUCACAGAAAGCAUUAGAGUGGCACGAUGUCAGACAAAUUAAACAUCCCAGAAGUGGACGACCCUCCCGACUGCCCCCACAGUAUCAAGGUCACUUCAGCUGGGAUAAAUAUUUGAAAGAGACUGGUGCCGUGGCAGCACCUGCAUCCUGCUUCAAACAGAGCCUUACUCCUCCAGUCAAUGAAUUCAAGGCAGGGAUGAAGCUGGAGGCGCAGGACCCGCGGAACACCACCUCCACAUGUAUCGCCACAGUGGUGGGUUUGACAGGGUCACGUCUGCGUCUGCGCCUGGACGGCUCUGACAACAAGAAUGACUUCUGGCGCCUGGCGGAUUCUUCUGAGAUCCAACCAAUCGGCAGCUGCGAGAAGAGUGGAGGCAUGCUGCAGCCUCCCCUCGGUUUUCGGCUGAAUGCCUCUUCAUGGCCCAUGUUUCUUCUGAAAACGCUAAAUGGAGCAGAGAUGGCACCUUUCCGCAUUUUCCACAAGCAGGAGCCUCCCACUCCAGAGCAGAACCUGUUCCAAUUGGGCAUGAAGCUGGAGGCAGUGGACCGCAAGAAUCCACACUUCAUCUGUCCAGCCACGGUGGGUGCACUGCGCGGCGUGGAGGUGCUGGUCACCUUUGACGGCUGGAGAGGAGCCUUUGACUAUUACUGCCGCUAUGACUCACGGGACAUCUUCCCUGUGGGCUGGUGCGCGCUCACCGGAGACAACCUACAGCCUCCUGGAACGAAAGUUGUGUUGCUGAAGAGCCUGCGAGCUCCAACAGACAGCGGUGUAGACGGUCCAGCGAUGGCUCCCAGUCCUACGGUGGGCAGACCUCCAGGCCAGAGGGGCCGAAGACCGGGACGCAAAAAGGCCAUUACAAGGGCACCCCUGGGACCGCAGAGCAUAGAGCCAUGUACAGAUCUGGUCCCAGUGAAAAUGUCCAAGAAACGAGGGCCAAAACCUGGCAGUAGACUUGCUUGGACCAAAAGAGCAGCAUGGUUUGAAGAUGUCAUCCUGAAUGGACCAGGACGGUCUGUUGGUCUGGGGAGACCAAGGGGACGGAUACCCACCAACUGGGCCCAGAGGAUAGCACUGCAGCAGUCCCAUGUUCAGGCACUCGCUGUCAAGAUCCCAAAGAAAAGAGGCCCAAAACCAGGAAGCAAGAGGAAGCCUCGUUUGAUGCCAAAUCCAGACCCCACGUCCCCCACCAGCUGCACCCCGGAGCCCGACACAAGCACCGUGCCUCUGGACAACGCCACUAUCCCCAACUCUGCUCUUCAGGCCCCCACAGUGUGCGUGUAUUUGAACAAGUACGGCAAAGCGGGUCCUCACUUAGACUCGCGGCGGAUUCAGCACCUUCCGGACCACUUUGGGCCGGGCCGGGCCUCCUCAGUCCUGCAGCAGUGUGUCCAGGCCUGUGUGGACUCGGCUCACAACCAGCGCUCCGUGUUCUCCUGCCUCAAGUCUGGCCAGGGAGGAGAAGUCAUUUCAGCUUACUUUGACCAGCAGCAGCACACCCUGACGCUGCCCACGGUCACCAGCGUCACCUAUGUUCUACGUUUCCUGGAGAAGCUGUGUCACAACCUCCACUGCGACCCGCUGUUUGGGAAUCAGCCCGUGGCCAGAGGAGAACGCAGAGCUUUCGGGAACACCGUUGUGGCUGUUCCAGACCGGGGCAAGCGCUUCCUUCAAGAGCCCUAUCACAGAUCAGUUCCACACAAGCUUCCCAAAAUGUUCUGCCAUUCCACAGACGAUGAGUCGCACAUGAAGAAAAGUCCUCCGCCUCAAACCUCCGCCGUGCAGUCGUCGGGCCUCGGGUCUCCCUCCAAACAGACGCACAACCACAACUCCACAGGCAGCCUGAGGGAGAGCCCGAAGCCCAGCGGUCAGGACCCCAGCGUGUGGACCGUGGAGGAGGUGACGCAGUACAUCAGAGACAUCGACCCGGUGCUGGCUCCUCACGCCGAGCUCUUCAGGAAACAUGAGAUUGAUGGAAACGCCCUUCUAUUGCUACGCAGUGACACGAUGAUGAAAUACAUGGGCUUAAAGCUGGGUCCCGCCCUCAAACUCACCUUCCACAUUGAUAAGCUCAAACGUUCUUGA